ACCUUAAAUUCGAAACUGGUAUCCAAGAUACGUUACUGCUGCCUAAUUAAAGCUGGGCUGUUCAAUGACUUCUGAAGACUAUGCAAUGACAAAGUUCGAAGACUAUUAUUGGUUGGUCGAAGGUUUGGGAAGAAAACCUAUUCAGCCACAGUAUGCUGUUUAGUCUUAGAUAAUUUGCUUUUCUACACUCUUUUUAAAAUAAUGAAACUUUCUACAGAUUUAAUGGUACUUUUGUUGCGUUAUGCAUGGAACGCAGGACAAAAAUGUUUUAUGCUGUUAAAGUGAUACAAAAGAAGGUUACAAAACUCGAUUGUCUUAACAUUAAACAGUUGACUUCUCCUGAGAAAAAAAAUAUAGGCCAUUUGUUGAAGCUUGAUCAUCAAAAUGUGGCGAAGUUGAAAGAAGUAUUUGAAACAUCUUUCUCAUUGCAUAUAGUUGUUGAAUUCGCAAAUGGUGAAGAACUCUUCCGGAGACUAACUAAAAUGCCUGUGUACAACGAAAAAACGGUUGGUUAUUAUUUCAGACAAGUGGUUGAUGGUAUCAGAUACUUACAUGAAUAUGGAAUUAUUCACAAAAAUGUAAAACCUGAAAACAUACUGCUCAACACCAGAGACAGUGAUGCGAUUGUAAAAAUCACUGAUUACUCUCCUCAAUUAUUUACAACUUCAGAUUUAGAUUUAGAAAUGGUAUGCUUGACGACAACAUUUUGUGCACCUGAAUUAUUAUUAAGUAGAUGUUAUGAUAAAGCUAUUGAUCUAUGGGCACUAGGUAUACUAUUGUAUAUAAUGUUAUGUGGAGAUGAUCCUUAUAAAUCUAAAUCUGGUAGUGAUUUAUACCGUGCUAUACUUCACUGUGAUAUUGAGUUUGAAUCUCCUUCAUGGAAAUCAAUUAGUUUGGAUGCUCAAGAUGUUGUUAAACGUCUUUUAUUGGUAGAUCCAAAAUUAAGAAUCAUUACACCACAUUUGUUGAAUCAUCCAUGGUUUAUCAUGUUAGAUGAAAAUGAAAAACAUUUAGAUUCAGUACAGGAGAAACUAGAACAUUUUAACAAACAGCGUUCAGAAAAAUAUUUUGACAUAGAAUAUGAACAAGACUGGAUAACAUGUGAAUAUAUGAAGCUACCGCAAAGAAGUACAGAAACAGUCCUACCGAAGGUGUAUGAUGAGAAUGUAGAAGCAGAAACAGUAAUUGACAAGGACUGUGAUGACAUCGUAUUGAUCGAAGAUACAACAGAGAACGUCCAACCAGUUAGCCAAAACGAUAUCAGCAUUGAUUCAAAUGAGGCGAAUGAAUUAAUUGAUACAACUUCUGAUCAAUUCAUAGCAAGUUCAUUGAAGAACUUACUUCAUGAAUAUCAUUUAUUGAAUGAUCAAAAUUCAAUAUUAAAUGAACAAGAUCUACAUGGAAUAAAUCAAGAAAACCAAGUAUUAAAUGGUGAAAAUGAACCAUUUGAUGUUACUAUGAUGAACAGUAAUGACAAUGAGCACAUGUAAAGGAUCACUUAUGAUGUGAAUAAAUGUGAUCAUCUUAUUGUAUGACUUAGAUUCCUCGAAUAACUUCAAACUCUCUACACUAUUUUACAUUUAUUUUCAAUGAUCAAGUAGAUUCUUAAGAAGAGGACUUAUUAUAAAUGUAGUUUACUCAAUAAACGAGAAGUUUGUUUUAA